AGCAGCGCAACAUCUGAAAACAGGCUUGGUGGCAUUCCCUGUUUGUAGUCACAGCCAAACUCAUCUGUCCCAGACAGUCAGAACAGAGCAGCCUGCAACGCCCUGACAGGUGUCGCUUUUCCAGGAUUUUAACUUGCAUCAUUAAUUGCUGUCAUCAUCAACAGCCAACAGGCAGCCGCUUUGCUGAGAGGGCGUGGGAGUGUGAUGAUGGGGCCUGCUGCUGAUGACCUGGGACACAGUGGGAAGGAGAAAGUGUUGACCGGCCCGCAGUAGAGGAAUGUGGCUAAGCUGUGGGGAGUGGUGGAUCGGCUCCGUGUGACCAGGCGAACAGACUGAGAGACUUUCCCUGCCUCUACUACUCUUACUGUGCCUUAUUUGUGGAAGGCCACGUUGCCUCAGGUCUACAUGGACUUGCAGGACUCCAGUCACACCAUGUGGGGUCUGAAUGCCCGAUUGAAGGGCUUCCUGGAGCAGGUGAACAGGCUGCAGGAGACCAACCAGCGGCUGGAGGCUCAGAUAACCGACUGGGGCAUUAGGAGCACCUCACGCUCCCGGGACUGGUCCCAGCAGGAACAGACUGUCAAUGAGCUUCGUGCCCAGGUUGGUAAACUACUGAUGGAGAAUGCCCAGCUGGCAUUGCAGUCUGACAGCAUGAAGUCCAGAGCUGCUGCCAUCCAGGCCAGGUGUGAGACGGAGGAGAGGAACACCAGGUGCCUGGAGCAACAGGUGGAUCUGCUCAGGCAGUCAAAGAGGAAGGCAGAUGAGAGCAGCGUGACACUGCAGGCAGACAUUCGGCACUCCAUGACUGAGCUGCAGGAGAUGCACCAGGAGUUUGAGGCAGCCCGGGCUCUAGAGCUGCAGCGGGCCGGCUCUUGCGAGGCUUUGUUAGUGACGGCCACAGGACCGGAGGAGGAGGAUGGCACAGGGAUGGAGCUCACCCAGCUCCUCGACAGAAUCAGAGCGCAGUGCGAUCAGAGCAGACUUCCCGGCCCGGGCGAGAGACACCUCGGCCUGGGUGCCGUGUCAAAUCCGCUCCCCGGCUUGGUCGGGCCUAGCCUCUCUGGAGCAGCAGCAGCAGCAGCAUCUCGAGCACACGGAGGAGCUCUCACUGAGGAGGAGGCAGCGUGGGCGCAGGUGAGCCUCGGCAGCUCCGCCCUGAGGGAGGCCCGGGCCGAGCUCGCUGAGGCCAGGAAGCAGUGGCACUCCCUGCAGGUGGAGAUUGAGACCCUACAUGCAUUGGAGAAAGGCCUGGAGAGCUCCCUGCAGAGCACCCAGCAGCUGUACUCCAACCAGCUGCAGGACCUUUCCCAGGUCAUCGCCGGGUUGGAGAGCGAGCUGGAGCAGGUGAGGAGUGGGCUGGCCACCCAGCGACAACGCCACAGCCAGCUCCUCAACACCAAGAUGAGGCUGGAGCGGGAGAUCGCUACUUACCGACGUCUCCUGGAGCGCGAAGAGGGCAGGUACAUGGGCCGUAAUGGGCAGCCAGUGGGUCUGCGGCCCUGGAGGUCUUUCGUGGAGGAGCCGAAAGAGAAUGGGUUCGAGAAUGGCUUCAGUGACCCUGCUGUGACACCAGAUGAACCCAAGUCUGAACCCCUGCCUGAAAUUCCUUCGCUCCUCCCAGCAGACAAUGGGCUAAAGAAAAGCAUACUGCAUAGACAGCAAAGCCUUGUGAUACUCACAGAGCCAGAGCAAGAUAAAGACUUGCCAAUCUCCACUGUGAAGACUCAGGAGAUUCUUCAGGGCAACGUGGUGCGAGAGAGUGCAGAGGGUCAUGGCACCAUUGAGACAGAGAAGAUUGACAAGGUGAUCAAGCAGUGGGAGGGCUCUUUCUUCAGAGGGAAUCCCAAGCUGCGGAAGAAGUCGGUGUCGCUGCGCUUCGACCUGCACAUGGCUGCAGCAGAUGAGGGCUGCGCCCAGACUAAACAGGACAGCCUCCCUGACGUGGAGGUGCGUCUCAUCAUGAAGAGAUCUCGCAGCAUCCCAACUAUCACACAGUAACUGUCACUGGUUCGCCAGAGUCAACACUGGUUUGCAGCUGUUUGUGGUAACACUGGUGAUGAUGAAGUUACAAUUAUAACAUUUGUGUCAUUGACUUCUGGGAUAUUACCAACCUUUACCAUCAUGCUUAAUAUGAAUUUCAAAUGACAAACAUUCAUUGAACUUUGCAUCACAACUGAUGACCGAAACUGAGGUUUCUCUCAUCAAACAUUGACUCCGGCAGGAUAAGAAUUAUCCUUCAGGCUUUUGUGCUGAUCUAAUGGGGCCAUUUUUAUAGUGCUGGACAACCACAUCAAAUAUAUCAGACCCACAUUACAGAGGAUAACAACUGAAUAUGUUGCCACCUUUCUUCUACAUUAUCUAAAUGAAGAAAAAGUGUCUCUCAACACUGUCAUUAUUUCAGUGUGAGGUCGCUGGACAAAAGAGAUUAUAUCGACUCUGCUUAACUAAAGCAUUUAAUUGUAAUUAACACUUGGUGCAGGAGGCUGAGUGCACAGAUAGGUGGAGGUGAAUGGAGGCGUGGAGUCACAGGUCACUUUGAGCUGCUGUGAAAUAUGUAAGGGUGGAUUUUUUCUUUUUUUUUUCUUUCAGAGACUGUACAAAGAUCAUUAGUGGGAGCGGGAUAUAGAAAGGGGGGAGGACUGUGAGUUUUUAGUAAUUGAUUGUUAUCUCUCCAGUCAACUCUUCGUUUGUCACUAUCCUAUAACAGUUCUCACCUUCACUUCAUGUAUCUCGACAGAAAGCAGAACUACAAUAAGGUAAAUUGUGUAAUUGUGCAAAUUGUGUUCAAAAAAAAAGAAAGAAAAAGAAAAUGUGCUACAUGAAGUGACAGCUUCUACAUACUGAACAUAUACUGAAUAUUCACUAAACACAGCAGGACACAUUAUUUUGUGAGGUUUGCCAUAUUUUUGGCAAUUGCAAGGUCCACUUCUGUAAUGUGGUGGCUUAGUGAGAACUAUUGUUUCAUCAACGGAUUAUGGUUUAAAUCAGAGCACACCAUCUUCAAUUCUUUGUGCACUUUUAGUUAUUGAUCAACAAUUUCAUAGUGUUAUAUUGCCGUAAGAUGAUGUGGGUUGGUGUUGCAUUUUCUCUGUUCGGCACGGGGAGGGUCCACUGAAAAUAUUAAUAACGUCAGAGAGGGCGACACUUUUUUGAAGAGUGAAACAUAAUGUUCUACCCGCUUCCCACCACACUGAUUUCUGUACAGUCCCUAAAUGCUUGCACUGCAGACACAUACAGCACUUAGAAGAACAUUGAAGGUCUCUUGCCAUUGCAGUUCAUUCUCUGCGGAGAAAAAAAAAUCUUGCCUUCCUGAUGCAUACCCCCCCCC